AUGCGUUUCUCUACUUUACUAGCUACCGCCUCUCUAGUCGGUGCUGCUGCCGCUGCUCCAGCUGUUCACAACCACAACGAAAAACGUGAUGUUGUCACUACCACUAUUCAAGCUGAAGCUACCGUUUACGUCGACGGUAAUGGUAACCCAAUUGAAACUCAACAAGCUGUUGCUGCUGUCGCUCAAGAAAAGGCUUUGGUCUCUGCUGUCCAAGCUGAUGCCCUAGAAGGUGCUGCCACCACUCCAGUUGCUGCCGCUGCUACUGCUAAGGCUGCUACUACUAAGGCUACCUCUGCUGUCACUCAAGCUACUUCUGCUGCUUCCUCUUCUUCUAACACCGGUGCUGCCGGUGUCAAGGGUGUCACUUACUCUCCUUACAACGCCGACGGUUCUUGUAAGUCUGCUAGUCAAGUCUCUUCCGAUUUGGCUCAACUGUCCGGUUACCCAACCAUUAGACUAUACGGUGUCGACUGUAACCAAGUCGCUAACGUCCUACAAGGUAAGAGCGCUUCUCAAGACGUCUUCUUAGGUAUCUUCGACGUCAACCAAAUCCAAUCCGCCGUUGACACCAUGAAGGCUGCCAUCGACCAAUACGGUUCUUGGGAUGAAGUCGUCUCUGUCUCCGUCGGUAACGAAUUGGUUAACGGUGGUCAAGCUACCCCAGCUCAAGUCGGUCAAUACAUCGACACUGGUAGAGCCGCUCUACAAGCUGCCGGUUACAACGGUCCAGUUGUCUCCGUCGACACCUUCAUUGCUGUCAUCAACAACCCAGAACUAUGUAAGUACUCCGACUACAUGGCUGUUAACGCUCACGCUUUCUUCGACAAGAACACCGUCGCUUCUGACUCUGGUUCUUGGUUACUACAACAAAUCCAAAGAGUUUGGACCGCUUGUGAUGGUGCUAAGGACGUCGUCAUCACCGAAUCAGGAUGGCCAUCUCAAGGUCAAACUUACGGUGUUGCCGUCCCAUCCAAGGACAACCAAAAGGCUGCCGUCUCCGCUAUCACUUCCUCUUGUGGUGAUUCCACUUAUCUAUUCACUGCUUUCAACGAUUUAUGGAAGGCUGACGGUGAAUACGGUGUUGAAAAAUGGUUCGGUGUUCACUCCGAUGAAUAA